AUGAUACGGGUGGCUGGAGUGGCCAUGAGUAAAUUUGAUCCAAAUAAUGAUCUUCCAUAUGAAAAAUUAACAAGUAGACUUAAUUCUGUAAAACAAAGGUUAACAAGACCUCUUACUCUAUCAGAGAAGGUUUUAUAUUCUCAUAUAGAUGAACCGGGAAAACAAGAAAUUGUUAGAGGGGAAUCUUACCUUCGAUUACGCCCUGAUAGAGUGGCCAUGCAAGAUGCCACAGCUCAAAUGGCCAUUUUUUUUUUUUUUUUAGGUUUACCAAAAGUUGCUGUGCCAUCGACCAUUCAUUGUGAUCAUUUAAUAGAAGCUCAGAUUGGAGGCGAAGAGGAUUUAAAAAGAGCUAAAACACAAAAUGAAGAAGUAUAUUCUUUUUUAAAAUCUGCAGGAGCUAAAUAUGGUGUAGGAUUUUGGCAUCCUGGUUCUGGUAUUAUUCAUCAAAUUAUUUUAGAAAAUUAUGCAUUUCCCGGUCUUUUAAUGAUUGGUACAGAUUCUCACACUCCCAACGGUGGAGGAUUAGGAGGUUUAUGUAUAGGAGUGGGAGGAGCUGAUGCUGUUGAUGUUAUGGCAAAUAUUCCAUGGGAAUUAAAAUGUCCUAAGGUUAUAGGAGUUAAGUUAACAGGAAAAUUAAGCGGUUGGACUUCCCCGAAAGAUGUAAUACUUAAAGUGGCUGGACUAUUAACGGUAAAAGGAGGAACUGGAGCUAUUAUAGAAUAUCAUGGUCCAGGAGUUGAUUCCAUUUCAUGUACAGGAAUGGCUACUAUUUGUAACAUGGGUGCCGAAAUAGGUGCUACAACUUCCAUAUUUCCUUUCAAUAAAAGAAUGAGUGAUUAUUUAGAAGCUACGGGACGAAGCGAUGUUGCCAAAGAAGCUAGCAAAUAUAAGAAUAGUCUUUUAAGUGCUGAUCAAAAUUGUCAAUAUGAUCAACUUAUAGAAAUUAAUUUAGAUACUUUAGAACCUCACGUAAACGGUCCAUUUACUCCAGAUCUUGCUCAUCCCAUUGGAAAGUUGGGCAAAACUGCCAGGGAAAAAGGAUGGCCUUUGGAUAUUCGAGUAGGUUUGAUCGGUAGUUGUACAAAUUCCAGUUACGAAGACAUGGGAAGAUGUGCCAACAUAGUUAAAAAUGCCUUAAAACAUGGAUUAAAAUCCAAAAUACCAUUUAACGUUACCCCAGGAUCGGAACAAAUCCGAGCUACCAUUGAACGAGAUGGCAUUGCAGAAAUUCUUCGUCAAUUCGGUGGUACCGUAUUGGCAAACGCUUGCGGUCCGUGCAUAGGUCAAUGGGAUAGAAAAGAUGUAAAAAAAGGAGAAAAAAAUACAAUUGUAACUUCUUACAAUAGAAAUUUCACGGGACGUAAUGAUGCGAAUCCCGCAACUCAUGCAUUUGUUACCUCUCCAGAACUAGUCGUAGCCUUGUCUUUAGCUGGAACUUUAGAUUUUGAUCCGACUAAAGAUAAAUUAACCGGAGCAGAUGGAAAGGAAUUUCUGUUGGAUCCUCCUUUCGGAAAAGAAUUACCAGCCAAAGGAUUCGAUCCCGGUUUAGAUACCUAUCAGGCACCCCCCCAAGAUGGCAGCUCGUUAACGGUAAAUGUUAAUCCUAGUUCUCAGAGACUCCAACUUCUCGAACCUUUCGAUAAAUGGGAUGGUCAAGAUUUGGAAGACAUGACCAUUUUAAUAAAGGUCAAAGGAAAAUGUACAACGGAUCAUAUAUCGGCGGCGGGACCGUGGUUGAAAUACCGUGGUCACUUGGACAAUAUUUCCAAUAACAUGUUCAUCGGGGCUGUGAAUGCGGAAAAUGGAGAAAUGAACAAAGUGAAAAAUCAAUUGAGUGGACAGUACGGAUCCGUACCUGACGUUGCCAGAGAUUACAAAGCCAAAGGAAUCAAGUGGGUCGCCAUUGGAGAUGAAAAUUACGGAGAAGGAAGCAGUCGGGAACAUGCAGCAUUAGAACCCAGGCAUCUCGGUGGAAGAGCCAUCAUCGUUAAAUCCUUUGCUAGAAUACACGAAACAAAUCUUAAAAAACAAGGUCUUUUACCUUUGACCUUUGCCAAUCCAUCCGAUUACGAUUUGAUUAAUCCAAACGAUAAAAUUUCCUUGUUGGGAUUAAACGAAUUGAAACCUGGAAAGCCCGUCAAAUGCGAAAUAAAACAUGCAAAUGGCGAAAAACGUACAAUAACAUUAAAUCAUUCGUUAAACGAUUUACAAAUAGAAUGGUUCAAAGCCGGAAGUGCCUUGAACAGAAUGAAAGAAAUUUCCUCUAAAAAAUAA